AGGCUGCCCUGCUGCAAUGUCACCAUCGUCACCGCUGCUGCAGGCUGCCGGCACCUGUCACUACUGCAGAGGACAGAGGGCCCCCAGGCCAUCAGGAACCCCAGGGCUGUGGGGCACUGCGUGAAGCCAAGAGGUGGCUGGCCAGAUGGGGAGCACCGUGGAGCCCCCCGGGGGUGCAUACCUGCACCUGGGUGCUGUGACAUCCCCAGUGGGCACAGCCCGGGUACUGCAGCUGGCCUUUGGCUGCACCACCUUCAGCCUGGUUGCCCACCGGGGUGGCUUUGCGGGCGUCCAGGGCACCUUCUGCGUGGCUGCCUGGGGCUUCUGCUUCGCAGUGUCACUCCUGGUGGUGGCCUGUGAGUUCACACAGCUCCACGGUUGUCUCCGCCUCUCCUGGGGCAACUUCACAGCGGCCUUCGCCAUGCUGGCCACGCUGCUGUGUGCCACGGCUGCCGUCGUCUACCCACUGUACUUCACCCGGCUGGAGUGUCCACCUGAGCCUGCUGGCUGCGCAGCUAGGGACUUCCGCCUGGCGGCCAGCGUCUUUGCUGGGCUCCUCUUUCUGGCCUACGCAGCGGAGGUGGCCCUAACACGGGCCCGGCCUGGCCAGGUGGCCAGCUACAUGGCCACAGUGUCAGGGCUUCUCAAGAUCGUCCAGGCCUUUGUGGCCUGCAUCAUCUUUGGGGCACUGGUCCAUGACAGCCGCUAUGGGCGCUACAUGGCCACCCAGUGGUGUGUGGCUGUCUAUAGCUUGUGCUUCCUGGCCACAGUGGCCGUGGUGGCUCUGAGUGUGAUGGGCCACACGGGGGGCCUGGGCUGCCCCUUCGACCGCCUGGUGGUGGUGUACACCUUCCUGGCUGUGCUCCUGUACCUCAGCGCCGCUGUGAUCUGGCCGGUCUUCUGUUUUGAUCCCAAGUACGGGGAGCCCAGGAAGCCCCCCGAUUGCCCCCGCGGCAGCUGCCCCUGGGACAGCCAGCUGGUGGUAGCCAUCUUCACCUACGUCAAUCUGCUCCUCUACGUCAUCGACCUUGCCUACUCCCAGAGGAUCCGCUUCGUGCCCACCCUGUAGCCUGGCAAGUGGCCACUGGCCCACCUCCCCGCUCUGGCUGGGGGUGACAGGCAUGCGUGGGUGACCCGGGUGAACAGACGUGAGGGCGAGCAGGAGGGAGUCCGAGGGCUUGGAGUAGACGCACGCAACGGGCAGAGGACGCCUGGACUUCUGGCUCCACUCUGAGUCCUCCCUGGGUCCAAUACUGACCACUGUAAUGUGGGAAACCUUGGAGCAGGUGCUGCUGUGACCCAUUUUAUAGAUAAGGACGCGCAGGCUAAAUGGACUUCAGAGGUGGACCAGCAUGUCCUUCAGUGUCUGGACAUGGCACUCACACUGGGUAACAUGUUAGAAAGCGGACGAUUUCCAGAGGUGUGGGAAGGGUCACACACAAGCCCAGGAGCACCAGAGUCAGGCCCAUGGGGUCGACUGAAACCUCCUCCUCCUUUAGAAGGGGCAGUGCCCGGAACCCUGUGAAGGGAGCUCUGCUGGAAACUGCACCAGCUCACAGAGAAGGAGCCCAGAAAUCAGGACCCUGCUUCACUGGCCUCUGGGGAGCCUCCCGGUGGCCACAGCCACUGGAAGCCAAGUGAGGACUGUGCUAUGGCCACCCAGGGCUGCCUUCCAGAGCUCAGUGGCUGGAGAUGGUGCUGGUGGCCUGGAAGGGCCUGCUGAGCUGGCAGCACCACCAGGAGCAGAGUGCCAAGGUGUUGGGUUCCCAGUGAUGGAGGCCCUGCCCAAUGCCCACCAUGGGCUGUGACGUAGCAGCUUCUGUAGAGACUCCUGCAGGAGGCUGGCCUGGUGGGCAGUCCUGACACGGGGUAAGGGCCCGGCCCGGGGCAGUCGCUAGAACAUGGAGCCUGGGCACCAGGCAUCUAGCUGCCUGCUGCUCCUGACCCUCAGGGCCCACUGGCACCAACAUCCUCCACGCUCCAGCCAGCUUCUCCUGCACAAGAGCCCAGCCCAGGGCAGGCCACCGGCCACCAGAGCAGGAGCACGUGUGCAGCAGCUUGUCGGUCCCUCGGCUCAUGGCUGUUCCCAGGACCCUGAGCAGUAAAUAAAAGGAGAUUCAUUUGCACCCCAGCUGUGGCUACGCCUUCUUUGCUGAGGGGCUGUGCCCAGUUACACCUCCUGGGCUCCCGGCAUGCCCUGGGAGGAGGGUCUGCACUGGGGCCUGGCUGAAGGAAGACGUGGCCCUAGGAGCACCCUGGGCUCUGGAGUGCAGGGAAGGCUGGGCCUCAUCUCCUGAGGAACUGGGCUCCUCCUUGGUGGGUGACAGUCCAGGAGGGCUCAGAUGGGCCAGUGGGGAGAAGGAGGGUCAGCUCAGUCCCCUCCUUCCUAGAGGCCUUGGCACUCAUCCCACACCUCCACCUGGGAGUCUCCGUGACUUGGGGC